UCCCCCCCGGCUUCGCUCGGAGCUGGACAAGCAGCCGGGACAGUGUCUCAGAAUGUGGAAAGCACUUUGUAACCUUCUUGUUCUGUUAAUUCUGUGUACUCUCCGGUGCCAUUCUCAAGGAUGUGAGGCAGGACAGUUCCACUGUGGGACUGGUAGGUGUAUUCCGCUGGGGUGGCGCUGUGAUGGAACAGCAGACUGCGCUGAUGAUUCAGAUGAGAGUGGCUGUCCUCGGCAAUCCUGUGAGGAUGGGCAGUUCCAGUGUGUGAGUGACGGGGAAUGUAUCCCGCAACUUUGGGUGUGCGAUGACGAAGAAGACUGUGAGGAUGGCUCGGACGAGAAGCAGCACUGCUCCGGCCAGACAUGCUCCAGUGAGCAGUUCACCUGCACCAACGGAGCCUGCAUCCCCAGGGCAUACAGGUGUGACCGGCUGCCUGACUGCUCGGAUGGGGCAGACGAGACCGGCUGCCACUAUCCUGACUGUACAGAGCUGCGAUGUGCCAGUGGUGCCUGCUACAACAGGACACAGCGGUGUGACCAUGUUCUCGACUGCCGGGAUGGCUCAGAUGAGGCCAACUGUAGUCAACACUGCAGCAACAGCCAGUUCCAGUGCAGCAAUGGAGAGUGCAUCCCACGUGUCUAUGUCUGUGACCACGACAAUGACUGUGGGGAUCGCAGUGAUGAGCAGAACUGCACCUAUCCCACUUGCAGAGGGAACUUCUUCACUUGUCCAAGUGGCCGCUGCAUUCACCAAGUCUGGCUUUGUGAUGGAGAGGAUGACUGUGAGGACAAUGCGGACGAGAGAGGAUGCGAUGCUGCCCAGCAGGAGUGCUAUCCAGGAGAGUGGGCUUGCCCCUAUUCAGCAGUCUGUAUUCCUCUGGAGCGACUAUGUGAUGGAAGCCCCCACUGCCCAGGUGGAGAGGAUGAGACCAACAUUACCGCUGGACGCAACUGCAGUAUCUGGAAGUGUCCUUCUCUAAGCUGUGAGCACCGCUGCCACCCGUCCCCUGAUGGGGGGACGUGCUCCUGCCCUCCAGGAUAUGUGAUCAACAACAACAACAGCCGAUCCUGCAUUGAUUUUGAUGACUGCAAGAUGUGGGGCAUCUGCGACCAGCUGUGCGAAGACCGGAUUGGCAGCCACCACUGCAGCUGCCUGGAUGGCUAUAUCCUGGAACAACACAGACACUGUAGAGCUAACACUUCAUCUGGCUCACCAUUCUUGGUCUUCUCUAAUGGAAAGGAUCUGGUCGUUGGAGACCUCCAUGGACACAGUCUGCGUCCAUUGGUGCAAUCUCAGAACCGAGGCAUUGCAGUUGGAGUGGACUUUCACUACCACCUGAAUCGGGUUUUCUGGACAGAUACCAUUCAGAACAAGGUGUUUUCGGUGGAUAUGGAUGGUUCCCACAUGGAAGUGGUCUUAAAUGUAUCAGUUGACUACCCUGAAAACCUGGCUGUGGACUGGGUGAACAAUAAGCUGUACGUGGUCGAAGGUGUCGUCAACAGAAUCGACAUGGCUGAUUUAGAUGGGAAGAACCGUGUAACACUGAUUGCAGAGAACCUGGGAAAUCCAAGAGGCCUGGCCGUGGACCCGACUGUAGGUUUCAUGUUCUUCUCUGACUGGGACACUCUGAAUGGGGAGCCCGGUCUGGAGCGUGCCUACAUGGAUGGGACCAACCGCUACGGAAUCAUAAAGACCAAAUUGGGCUGGCCUGCUGGCAUUACACUGGACAUUGUGGCCAAGAGGGUGUACUGGGCAGACAGUCGCUAUGACUACAUAGAAACCACCACCUAUGAUGGACUGCACAGGAAAACAGUGGUCCAUGGAGGGUCUGUGAUCCCACAUCCUUUUGGCAUCAGUCUGUUUGAACACAAUGUGUACUUCACUGACUGGACGAAAAUGGCUGUCCUGAGGGCCAACAAGUUCAGUGACAAUAAUCCCCAGUUGAUCUACCACACCUCCAUGACUCCACAUGGUGUGACAGUGGUUCACCCACUUCGACAGCCGUACGUGAGGAACCCGUGCGGAACCAACAAGGGCGGCUGUGAGCAUAUCUGUGUGCUGAGCCACCAGACAGACAACGAUGGGCUGGGAUAUCGCUGUAGGUGCCAGCUAGGCUAUGAUUUGCACGCGGAUGGCAAGCGAUGCAUGGCUGUGAGGCAGUUCCUGCUCUUCACCUGCCAGCUGGCAGUCAGGGGCAUCCCUUUCAACCUCUCCACCCAGGAGGACAUCAUCCUACCCAUCACUGGAACUCCAUCCUUCUUUGUUGGAGUGGACUUUAGUGCAGAGGAUGAUGCUAUUUUUUUCUCAGACACAGCCAAGAAUAUCAUCUACAAGCAGAAGGUGGAUGGAACUGGCAGGGAGAUGCUUGCAGUGAACCGAGUGGAAGGGGUGGAGGACCUGGCCUAUGAUUGGAUAUCAAAGAACCUCUACUGGACGGACCCGCGAUACCGGAGCAUUUCGGUGAUGAAGGUAGCAGAUAGGUCCAGGCGGGCCAUCAUCAGGAACCUCAACAACCCCCGAUCCAUCGUGGUGCACCCUGGGAUUGGGUAUAUUUUCUGGACAGACUGGUAUCGUCCGGCCAAGAUCAUGAGGGCCUGGUGUGACGGGUCACAUGCACAGCCCAUUGUGAACACUACUCUGGGUUGGCCCAAUGGCCUGGCUAUCGACUGGAGCUCCCUACGUCUCUACUGGGUGGACGCCUUCUUUGAUAAGAUCGAACACAGCACCUUUGAUGGGACCAACAGACUGACUCUUAAUCGCAUCACGCAAAUGUCCCAUCCCUUUGGCCUAACCAUCUUUGGAAAUUAUGCCUACUUCACUGAUUGGCGGCUGGGAGGCAUUGUGCGUGUGCGGAAGACUGAUGGUGGGGAGUUGGUUGUCAUCAGGAGGGGCAUUAGCCACAUUAUGCACAUCAAGUCCUUCAAUGCAAACUCCCAGACUGGAACUAACUACUGCAACAGAUUGACCAAUCCCAAUGGCGACUGCAGCCACUUUUGCUUUCCAGUGCCUAACUUUCAGCGGGUAUGUGGCUGUCCCUAUGGCAUGACACUUGCACCCAACCAGCAGACAUGUGUGGAGGAUCCCUCCAACGAGCCCCCUACCCUGCAGUGUGGGGCCAACUCCUUCUCCUGUGCCAAUGGAAAAUGUGUCACACAGAACUACAGAUGUGAUGGCAUAGAUGACUGCCAUGACAACAGCGAUGAAUUACACUGUGGUGCUCAUAACACAACUUGCUCUCCGACUGCGUUCACCUGUGCCAAUCAGCGCUGUGUGCCUGCUAGCUGGCACUGUGAUGGACACAACGACUGUUAUGACAACAGUGAUGAGCAGAAUUGCCCAACCUUGGGUCCCAACACCUGCCCUGUCGGCAUGCACACCUGCACCAGUCGCCUCUGUAUUCCCAUCACCUGGCUCUGUGACACUGACAAUGACUGUGGGGAUGGUUCAGACGAGGUUAACUGCAACUUCACAGGCACCUGUUACCCGGGUCAGUUCCAAUGUCCAGAUCACCGCUGCAUUGACCCCAACUACGUGUGUGAUGGAGAUCGGGAUUGUGUGGAUGGUACUGACGAGCAGGGUUGCAUUUACAACUGCACUGCCUAUGAAUUCAAAUGCGCCAAUGGCCACCAGUGCGUCAACUCCUACUACCGCUGUGAUGGGGUUUUUGACUGCAAUGAUCGAUCUGACGAAGCUGGUUGCCCCACAAGGCCACCUGGCAUGUGCCAUCAUGAGACUGAGUUCCAAUGCCAGUCAGAUGGCAGUUGCAUCCCAACUGCAUGGGAGUGUGAUGGGCAUCCAGAUUGUGAGGAUGGCUCGGAUGAGCAUCAUGUCUGUCCACCACGCACCUGCCCUUCCUCCUACUUCCGCUGUGACAAUGGCAACUGCAUUUUCCAGCGUUGGGUGUGCGAUGGUGACAAUGACUGCCGUGACAUGAGUGAUGAGCGUGACUGCCCAACACCACCCUUCCACUGCCCUGCCUGGCAGUGGCAGUGUCCUGGGCACAGCGUGUGUGUCAACCUGAGCCGGGUGUGCGAUGACACAUCAGAUUGCCCCAAUGGUGCAGAUGAGUCACCCCUUUGUAAUGAGCCGCUGCCAGACCAGGAGAGCUGCUUGGACAACAAUGCUGGCUGCACCCAUGGGUGCAUCCAGGGCCCAUUUGGGGCCCAAUGCACGUGCCCCGUGGGGUACCUUCUCACCAAUGACUCAAAGACAUGUGAGGACAUUGAUGAGUGCAGCCCCCCUGGAGUUUGCAGUCAGCACUGUUUCAAUGAACGUGGCUCCUUCCGCUGCCACUGCACUGAGGGCUAUACCCUGGAAGCUGACCUCCGUACAUGCAAGGCCACAGGCCCCCGAGAGGCCAUUCUGCUGGUUGCCAGCCGCAACCAGAUUGUGUCAGAUGACAUUGUGGCACAACCUAAUGUGGUUCGCUCACUUGUUCGUGACGGUCGCAACAUUGUGGCAUUGGACUUUGACACAGCAACAGACCGUGUGUACUGGUCCGACACAACACAGGACCGCAUCUGGAGUGCUCAUAAGAAUGGCACGGACAGAAUUGUGAUAUUUGACAGUGGCAUAACGGUGACGGAAAGCCUGGCUGUGGAUUGGGUGGGCCGAAACCUGUACUGGACUGAUUAUGUCCUGGAGACGAUUGAAGUGUCCAGACUAGAUGGUAGUCACAGGACUCUCCUGAUCAGUGACAACAUCACUAACCCCAGGGGACUGGUCCUGGACCCCAGAAAUGAUGCUCACUUCAUGUUCUGGACUGACUGGGGUACAAACCCACGCAUUGAGAAGGCCAGCAUGGAUGGCAAAGUGAGGAGCACCAUCAUCAGUGACAAGCUUUACUGGCCCAAUGGCCUGACCAUUGACUACCCCAACAAGCUGCUCUACUUUGCAGAUGCAUAUCUGGAUUUCAUUGACUACUGUGACUACAAUGGGAACAACAGGAAACAGGUUUUGGCCAGUGAUCUGGUGCUGCAGCAUCCCCAUGCAAUAACAAUUUUUGAGGACUUUGUGUACUGGACCGACCGGUACACCAACCGUGUGAUACGGGCUAACAAGUGGCACGGACAGAACCAGACAGUGAUCCUGUAUAACAUUCCCCAGCCUAUGGGCCUGGUGGUCUUGCAUCCAGCUCGACAGCCUGCAGGUGUUAACCGUUGUGCCAACAGCCCCUGCACCCAUAUCUGCCUGCUGUCUGCUGUUGGCCCCAGGUUCUACUCCUGUGCCUGCCCUUCUGGUUUUACUCUUGCUGCAGACCUGAUGACUUGUAAGAAAGUUGAAGACCCUUUUCUGGUGGUGGUCAGAGAUAGUAUAAUCUACGGCAUUUCCCUGAACCCGGAAGACAAGAGUAAUGAUGCUAUGGUGCCUGUUGCUGGGCUGCAGAAUGGCUACGACGUUGAUUUUGACAAUUCAGAGCAGAUGAUCUACUGGGUAGAGCACCCGGGAGAGAUCCACCGAGUAAGAUCUGAUGGCACGAACAGGACAGAGUUUGCCCCUGCUGCUAUCCUGGGCUCUCCUGUUGGCUUGGCUCUGGACUGGAUCUCAGAAAACUUAUACUAUACCAACCCAGCCACACAGUCCAUAGAGGUACUGAAACUGAAUGGAGACGUGCAGUAUAGGAAGACUCUGAUCACCAACAAUGGCACCCCAACUGGAGCCGGAACUCCUAUUGGCAUUGCUGUGGACCCGGCACGUGGAAAGAUGUACUGGACUGACCAGGGGACAGAGACUGGGAUCCCAGCCAAGGUGGCCUCUGCAGACAUGGAUGGCUCCAAUCCUGUCAUCCUUUUUACCAACAACAUGGACCACAUCGAGUUCAUAACCAUUGACAUACGGGAAAACAGGCUGUAUUGGGCUGUCACAGGAACUGGCAUGAUUGAACGUGGAGACCCGGAUGGAACAAACCGCAUCACCAUUGUGAACAACCUGUCUCACCCAUGGGGGGUCGCAGUAUAUGAAGGCUUCUUGUACUUCACUGACAGGGACUACGAAGUGAUCGAGCGUGUGGACAAGGCCACAGGAGCCAACAGGGUGGUGCUACGGGACAACGUGUCAGGCCUCAGAGUGUUGAAGGUUCACUUCAGAGAGAGCUCUGCAGGUACCUCUAAUGGCUGUAGUAACAACGCAGGGGAGUGCCAGCAUCUGUGCCUGCCUCGCCCAAACAAUAUAUACAGCUGUGCCUGUGCUACAGGCUUCAAGCUGAACUCCAAUAAUAAGACUUGCUCACCUUACCAGUCCUACGUGGUUAUUUCGAUGCUUUCUGCCCUCAAGGGCUUUAGCCUAGAGGGGGUUGACCACUCUGAAGCCAUGGUGCCUGUUGCAGGAAGAGGUCGCAAUGCGCUACAUGUUGAUGUUCACAUGGCAUCAGGCUUCCUUUACUGGUGUGACUUCAGCAGCACAAUUGCAUCCCAGAAUGCCAUUCAUAGGAUCAAGCCAGAUGGGUCUGGCUUCCGUAGUGUGGUCACCUCUGGCAUUGGCCGCAAUGGCAUCCGUGGCAUUGCUGUGGAUUGGGCUGCAGGGAACCUCUAUUUUACAAAUGCUUUCUUGACGGAGACCUAUGUGGAGGUCAUUCGACUUAACACCACCUUCCGACGUGUCCUCCUGAAGACUACUGUAGACAUGCCUCGGCACAUUAUUGUGGACCCCAAGAGCAGGUAUCUCUUCUGGGCAGACUAUGGACAGAACCCCAAGAUUGAACGGGCUUUUCUGGAUGGUACAAACAGAACUGUCCUGGUAUCCUCUGGGAUAAUCACUCCCAGGGGCCUUGCACUGGACUACCAAACUGGAUAUGUUUACUGGGUAGAUGAUUCCUUGGACAUGAUUGCUCGAGUGCAUUCUGAAGGGGGUGAAACACAAAUUGUACGUUAUGGGAGCCGUUAUCCAACUCCUUAUGGAAUUACUGUCUUUGAGAAUACCAUAAUUUGGGUGGACAGGAACCUCAAGAAAGUCUUCCAGGUUAGCAAAGAACCUGGGAACACUGAUCCACCAACUGUGAUCCGGGAUAAUAUCAACAUGCUGAGAGAUGUGACCAUUUUUGAUAAACGUGUUCAGCCUGUCACAGCCCAGCAGCUCAACAACAAUCCCUGCAUGACAGACAAUGGAGGCUGUGCCCAUUUUUGCUUUGCACUCCCAGGCAGCCAGGCCAGGCGCUGUGCCUGUGCCUUUGGAAAUCUUUUUUGGGACAACAGUACCUGUGUGGUGUCCAGGGAUGACUACCUUAUCUACACUACAGAAAGUACAGUGCGAAGUCUGCGUUUGGACCCUGAGGACCACUCGUUACCAUUCCCUGUCAUCAACGUGUUACGCACCUCGGUAGCCUUGGACUUUGACCAUGCAGACAAGAGGAUCUACUUCACCCAAAGCUCAGGGGCAGGAAGUAGCAAGAUCAGUUACUUCAGCUUCUCCUCCCCAUCAGUCCCCCCUACAGUAGUGGCCUCUGGUUUGGGGGCCCCAGAUGGUUUAGCCUUUGACUGGAUCCAUAAAAGAAUCUAUUACAGUGAUUACAUUAAUCAGACCAUCAGCUCCAUGGCUAUAGAUGGCACCCAGCACACAAUUGUUGCUAGAGUUCCCCGUCCACGGGCCAUAAUGCUGGAUCCAUGCAGGGGGUAUAUGUACUGGACAGAUUGGGGGUCCAAUGCAAAAAUUGAACGGGCCACCUUGGGAGGGAACUUCAGGACUGAGAUCGUGAACAGCAGCCUGGUGUGGCCCAAUGGCCUAACUUUGGACUAUGAUGAGCAGAGACUCUAUUGGGCUGACGCCAGCCUACAGAAGAUUGAGCGCUGCUCUCUCACUGGUGCCAACCGGGAGGUGAUUGUGGGCACAGCUAUAUACCCCUUUGCUAUGACGCUGUAUGACCAGCACAUAUACUGGACUGACUGGAACACACGCAGCAUCUACCGAGCAAACAAACAUGAUGGCUCUGACCAGCGGGUUAUGGUGCAGAAUCUCCCAUCUCGGCCAAUGGACAUCCACGUUUUGGCCAGCAGCAAGCAGCAGCAGUGUGCUAGCCCCUGUGAGCAGUUCAAUGGUGGAUGCAGCCACAUCUGUACUCCAGGUCCUCAUGGGGCAGAGUGUGGGUGCCCAUCGGAAGGCCGCUGGUAUUUGGCUGACAACAAGCACUGUAUCCCAGACAAUGGCACCCGCUGCCAGCCAGGCCAAUUCACUUGCAUGAAUGGACGCUGCAUUCGGGCUCAGUGGAAGUGUGACAAUGACAAUGACUGUGGGGAUGGAAGUGACGAGCUCGAGAGAGUCUGUGCCUUCCACACUUGUGAGCCAACCAUGUUCACCUGUGGGAAUGGCCGUUGUGUGCCCUAUCACUACCGUUGCGACCACUACAAUGACUGCGGGGACAACAGUGAUGAAGCCGGAUGCCUGUUCCGUCCAUGUGACACAAGCACCGAGUUUGCCUGCAAUAAUGGGCGCUGCAUAGCCAGGGAAUAUGUUUGCAAUGGGAUUAACAACUGCUAUGAUAACGGCACAUCUGAUGAGAGGGGCUGUGUGGAGCGCACAUGUCAACCAGAACACACAAAGUGUCAGACCACAAACAUCUGCAUCCCACGCUCGUAUCUCUGUGAUGGCGACAACGACUGUGGGGACAUGAGUGAUGAGAGCCCCACACACUGUGCCACCUCAACCUGUACUGAGAGUGAAUUCCGAUGUUCCAGCGGCCGCUGUAUCCCAGCCCACUGGUACUGCGAUGAGGGGACUGACUGUGCAGACGGAUCUGAUGAGCCCUCCUCCUGCACAUCUCUGGCAAGGACAUGCAAUGCAGAGCAGUUUCGGUGUGAUGAUGGCAGGUGCAUUUCUACUUCUUGGGUCUGUGAUGGUGAUAACGACUGUGGAGACAUGAGUGACGAAGACCAGAGACACAACUGCGCCAAUCGCAGCUGCCUUGCUUCAGAAUUCACAUGCGUGAACAACCGACCACCUCAGAGGAAGUGUAUUCCACAAGACUGGGUUUGUGAUGGUGAUGCAGACUGUGCUGAUGCUUAUGAUGAGCACCAAAACUGUACACGCAGGUCAUGUGCCAUCAAUGAGUUUACCUGCAGCAACGGUCUGUGUAUACGCAGCUCUUACAGGUGUGACCGACGCAAUGACUGUGGUGAUGGUAGUGAUGAGCAGGGUUGCACCUACCAGUCAUGCCAGCAGCAUCAGUUCACUUGCCAGAAUGGCCGCUGCAUCUCUCGGGACUUCCUCUGUGACGGAGACAAUGACUGUGGGGACCUGUCAGAUGAACUGGAUCAUUUGUGCCGCACACCUCCACCAACCUGCCCACCUGGAAACUUCAGAUGUGACAAUGGGAACUGUAUCCUGAACAACAAGGUGUGUGACAGGAGUAACGACUGUGCUGACAACAGCGACGAGAAGGGAUGUGGCAUUAACGAAUGCACAGAUCCCUCUAUGCACCACUGUGAUCACAAUUGCACCGAUACACCAACCAGCUUUAUCUGUACCUGCCGCCCGGGCUACCAGCUCAUGUCAGAUGGCAAGACAUGUGACGAUGUGAACGAGUGUGUAGAGACUCCCAGCGUGUGCAGCCAGAUGUGUGAGAACACCAUGGGCUCUUACGUGUGCAAAUGUGCACCGGGUUACCUGCGUGAGCCCGAUGGACGCAGCUGCCGUCACAACAGCAACAUUGAGCCUUACCUCAUCUUCAGCAACCGCUACUACCUGCGGAACCUUUCGGCCAACGGAGAAGCUUAUUCACUCAUCCUGCAGGGUCUGACCAGUGUGGUGGCACUAGACUUUGACCGGGUUGACCGGCGCCUUUACUGGAUUGACGUGACGCGCCGAGUAGUGGAGAGAAUGUUCUACAAUGGUACGGGCAGAGAGACGGUGGUAAAUGGUGUGCUGCAUGGAGAGGGACUUGCUGUUGACUGGGUGGGCCGGAAGCUCUACUGGGUGGAUAGCUUCUUGGAUUGUCUGAAAGUGUCUGAGCUGGAUGGUCGCUUUGUGAAAAAACUGGCAGACCAUUGUGUUGAUUCCAACAACACAUACUGCUUUGAAAACCCACGGGCCGUCGUUGUCCAUCCUAAGUACGGGUAUGUUUACUGGACAGACUGGGGUGAAAGAGCAUUCAUAGGCCGGGUUGGAAUGGAUGGGACCAACAAGUCGGCCAUCAUCACCAGCAAGAUUGAGUGGCCCAAUGGGAUCACUAUUGAUUACACUAAUGACAUGCUGUACUGGUCAGAUGCCCAUCUGAACUAUAUUGAGUACUCAGACCUGGAUGGUCACCAUCGGCAUGUAGUCUAUGAUGGUAUCCUACCCCACCCCUUUGCCCUGACAAUAUUUGAAGAAACAGUGUUCUGGACAGACUGGAACACCAGGACUGUGGAAAAAGGCAACAAGUACAAUGGGUCAGGUCGUAUGGUGUUGGUCAACACAACCCACAGACCCUUUGAUAUUCAUGUGUGCCACCCAUAUAGGCAACCCAUCAUGUCCAACCCCUGUGCUGUGAACAAUGGCGGCUGUUCCCACCUCUGCCUGAUUCAGGCUGGGGGGCAGGGCCACACCUGUGAGUGCCCCGACCACUUCCUGACCGUGCUGCUAGGUGGUGUGGCUCGCUGCCUGCCCAUGUGCUCUAGCACCCAAUACCGGUGUGCCAAUAAUGAGCGAUGUAUCCCUAUCUGGUGGAAGUGUGAUGGACAGCGGGACUGUCGGGAUGGCUCCGAUGAGCCCUCCACAUGCCCGCUCCGCCACUGUCGCCUGGGCCAGUUCCAGUGCCUCGAUGGCAAUUGCACUAGCCCUCACUUCCUCUGCAACAGCGCCCAAGACUGCCAUGACGGCUCUGAUGAGGACCCCGUGCUGUGCGCCACCCACCAGUGUGAAACACACCAGUGGCAGUGUGCCAAUAAACGCUGUAUCCCUGAGGCGUGGCAGUGUGAUGGUGAGAAUGACUGUGGGGAUGGCUCUGAUGAGGACCCCGCCCACUGCUCCAGCCGCACCUGCCGCCCAGGGCAGUUCAAGUGCAGGAAUGGGCGUUGCAUCCCACAGACUUGGAAAUGCGAUGUUGAUGAUGAUUGUGGCGACAACUCAGAUGAGCCUCAUGACGAAUGCAUGGGGCCGGCAUAUCGCUGUGACAACCACACAGAAUUCGAUUGUCGAACCAACUACCGCUGUGUGCCAACAUGGGCUGUAUGCAAUGGGCAUGAUGACUGCAGGGACAACAGUGAUGAACUAGGAUGUGAGGAGCUCACGUGUGACCCCAUGGGGGACUUCCGCUGUGACAACCACCGCUGUGUCCCUCUGCGCUGGAGGUGUGAUGGGGACAAUGACUGUGGAGAUGCUUCUGAUGAGCGCACCUGUAGCCCUCGUGCUUGUACGGAGAGCGAGUUCCGCUGCGACAACUUGCACUGCAUCCCUGACCGCUGGGUAUGUGACCAUGACAACGACUGUGAGGACAACUCUGAUGAAAGAGACUGUGAGUUGCGGACAUGUCAUCCUGGGUACUUCCAAUGCAGCAGCGGGCAUUGCAUUGCAGAGCGCUUCAAGUGCGAUGGCAACGCCGACUGUCUGGACCAAAGCGAUGAAGCUACGUGCCCUACGCGAUACCCGAAUGGUACCUACUGCCCUCAGUUCCAGUUUGAAUGCCGCAACCACGUGUGUGUACAGUCCCAUUGGAAAUGUGACGGGGACAAUGACUGUGGUGAUGGCUCGGAUGAGGAACUCCACCUCUGCUUGGACAUUCCGUGUGACCCCCCCUUUCGUUUUCGCUGUGACAACAACCGCUGCAUCUACAGCCAUGAACUCUGCAACUCGGUGGAUGACUGUGGGGAUGGUACAGAUGAAAGAAUAGAGCACUGCCAGCCCCCGACUCAUGGACCCUGCUCUGUGGAGGAGUACAAGUGCAGCAAUGGCCAGUGUAUCCCUCUGCAGUAUGUCUGCGAUGACUAUGACGACUGUGGCGAUCACUCUGAUGAACUAGGGUGCAACCGUGGCAGUGGCCGGUCUUGCAGUGAAAAUCUCUGUGAGCAUAACUGCACUGACCUGGUGGAUGGAGGCUUCAUCUGCUCCUGCAGACCUGGGUAUAAGCCCAGUCAGACAGACAGGAACACCUGUGAAGAUGUGAAUGAAUGUGAGAUAUACAGCACAUGCCCACAGGACUGCCGGAACUCCAAGGGAAGCUAUGAGUGCUUUUGUUCCCAGGGCUUCCGCUCAAUGGGCCUGGAGCAUGGGAUGGAGUGUGCAGCUGAAGGCAACCCACCAGUGCUACUCCUGCCAGAUAAUGUGCGGAUCCGUCGCUACAACCUCUCAUCACAGCAGUUCUCUGACUAUGUGGACAACUCCGAGCACAUCCAAGCCCUUGACUACCUGUGGGACCCUGAGGGGAUUGGCCUCAGCAUUGUUUACUGGACUUUGCUGGGAAGAGGCUCUCAGUUUGGGGCAAUAAAACGAGCCUACAUGACAACCUUCAACGACAAUGGCAACAACCCUGUGAAGGAGGUGGACCUUAACUUGAGAUACAUUGCCAACCCAGAUGGAAUUGCAGUAGACUGGAUUGGAGGCCACAUCUAUUGGACAGACUCAGGAACCAACAGGAUCGAAGUGGCAAAACUGGAUGGACGGUACAGGAAGUGGCUUAUCCACACAGAUCUGGACCAGCCAGCUGCCAUUGUUGUUAAUCCAGCACUUGGUACCAUGUACUGGACAGACUGGGGCAGAAGGCCCAAGAUUGAGUCGGCCUGGAUGGACGGGCAGCACAGGCAGGUCUUGUUGGAUGAAGAUCUAGGCUGGCCCACCGGUCUGGCCUUGGACUACUUCAAUGGGAAUAGGAUAUACUGGUGUGAUUCCAAGGAGAACAUCAUUGAGUCCAUGAAGGCAGAUGGCUCAGAGAGGAAGAUCAUCAUAUCAGGAGAUAUUGGAAACCCCUACAGCCUGGAUAUCUUUGAGGGACAUGUAUACUGGACUACAAAGGAACGUGGUGAGCUGUGGAAGAUCAACAAAUUUGGUGUAGGGGACAAAGUCAAAGUGCUGACCAUCAACCCAUGGCUAACACAAGUGCGCAUCUACCAGGAGCACAGAUAUAAUCGUUCAGUGCCUAACCCCUGUAAGGAUGUCUGCAGUCAUCUGUGCUUGCUGAGGCCGAGAGGAUACACCUGUGCCUGCCCUCAGGGGUCCCUGCCCCUCAGCUUCAAUCCCAAUGAGUGUGAUGCGGCAAACGAAGCUCCUGUUGCAAUGCCUUCACCAUGCAGAUGUAUGAAUGGUGGAACAUGCUACUCUGAGGAAGAGGGGAUUCCAAAGUGCAAGUGUCCAUAUGGCUAUGCAGGCAUCUACUGUGAGAUGGGAAAGUCUAGUGGAGCUCCUGCAGGAACAGUUGCAGUGUUACUGGUCAUGAUUGUCAUCCUAAUCAUUGGAGGGCUGGCUGUCGGAGUUUUCUUCAACUACAGACGUACUGGCUCCUUCAUUCCUUCAAUGCCUAAACUCCCAAGUCUGAGCAGCCUGGUGAAGUCCAGCGACGCAGGCAAUGGUGUUGCAUUCCGCUCCGGUGAUGAUGUUACCAUGGACCUGGGUCCGCCUGGUCUUGGGGUGUCUGUCAUUGACAGGGCCAUGCAGCUGGAUGAGGACUUCGCUUUGGGUGCAGGAAAGCAACCUGUGACAUUCGAAAACCCUUUAUAUGCAACAAAUGUUACUGCAGUCGGUGACCCUGCUGUUAUCCAUGCCUCACAGGUGACUGUUAAUGUGAGUGGGGACCAGAUCAAGGGCAAUUAUGAGAACCCAGUGUACUGCUCAGAGCCACCUGAGGGGGUAGUGGAGAUGCCUUCUGCCACUGCAGAGCCUGUUCAGGAGUCCAGGUGGAGUUUCUUUAAGAAAAAACUGAAACCAAGCACUACGUUUGAAAACCCUACCUACUCAGAGAUGCAGAAUGAAAAAGUGAUGGAAAGUGGUGAGGAUGGCACUGUAGCAGAGGCCCCACCCUUUGCCCCUCCCGCAAAGCCCCUGAAGAGAGAACGCCCCUGUGCAUACACACCCAAUGAUGACACCUUUGGAGACACAGCCAAUUUGGUGAAAGAGGACAGCGAUGUAUAACGUUGCCCUACCCUGCCGACUUGUGAAUGGGAAUAACAGAUACCCUCUCCUUUGCACAGAAUCUAUUUUUAUAUGCAGCCUGUGAACAAAACUUAAGAUUGUUUUUUAAAAAAGAAGAAAAAUAAUAGAUGAACAUUCUUAUAGCCUACAGAGAAGAGGUCUCGGUUGACAAUGCCUUCUUAUGUUUCUUAUGCCAAUUCUCAUGUGUCGAUGAUUUUUUUAUUACAAUGUACUAUAUGUAUAUCUUUGCACUGAAC